AAGAACCGAGCCGAGGGAGAGAUGAAGCAUCCUAACAAAGUCCCCUCCUCUUCCCCGUCGUCUUCUUCUUCCUUCUAUACUCUUGUUUUAGUUUUAGCUCCUCUGGUUCUGCUUCCGGUAGUUGUGUAUGCAGUGGGUUCUCACAGUUUGUCUUGGGUAUAUUUCUCAUCUUUUCAGUGGGGAUGGAGUACUGGUGCUCAGCGGGUAUCUUCUUCGCUUCCAUGGUUUGGCAAUGGCCCAAAUCUCUCCUCACCAUGGGAUGGAAGAAGAAAGCAAGAUAGAAAAGUUGAGAAGCUUGAAAAGCUUGAAGCAGGUCUUUCAGGCGCUCGAGCUUCCAUAAGAGAAGCUGUUUCCAUGGAACCUUUGAUUCUGAUUCUUCUUUUUAUGUGGAAGAUCAAAGGUAUUAUCGGAGGCCUACCACCGUCUUCCCGUCCAAUUCUAGCAUUCUUCGCGGGUCAUCUCCAUGGGCGUAUAAGGCCAGCACUUCUGCAACACUGGAAAGAAAAAGACGAAGAUUUGAGAGUUUAUGAGAGCUUACCAGAAGGAAUUUCUUACCAUGAUAUGAUGAACAAGAGCAAGUAUUGCAUCUGCCCAAGUGGGCACGAAGUUGCGAGCCCAAGGAUCGUGGAGGUUUCGGUGAAUGAAAUCCCUAAUCUUCAGAAGAUAUUACUGGGUAUUCCAGAGGAUCGAUAUCUGAGAAUGGAGGAGAGGGUGAAGCAAGAGCUUCAAAAUAAUGAGCAGGAGAGCAUAUCAGAACUUGUAGAAGAGGCCAUAAAUGAUCAAAAGGAUAAUCUCAUCCCCCAUGUUGAGAUCCUUCUAAAAAUUGUUGAGUUACUCAGUUUGACAUCAAAUCAAGAGUUGCUGGCUGAGAGUGUAGCUCUGGAAAAAGAGAGAAUGAAGGCUGGAUAUAAGAAAAAGAAUGGGAAGGUAGACCAUUUACAUCAGAUGGUUGAAGUGUUCAUCAUUGUCGUGAAUCUUACUGAAAACAUGGCAAGCAUGAUGCUCCUCAUAGUUCUUAUAAAAUUUUCUCAAGAGUGGAGCUUGGAAAGCAAUCUUCAAGCUUGGGUCCUCUCUGGCUCUGCAUUGUUCGUUUGGUCCAGUAAGGAAUCAACUCUCCCUGACGCAAUGAAUCUAUAUCUGAUCAACACUUUUAUUAAAUUAUUUCCAACUUCACGCUUAAAAUUCCUCUACCUAUGGGAGACACAUUGGCACAACAAAUCAGUCAAGGGAAACAAAAUGAGACAAUCACCUUUGUUUCUGUUAAUUUCAUCAAUUGCAGUUCUUCUGAUUGUGGUUUCAGCCAUUGUUUCCAUACAAACUUCUGAGAGCUCUUUUGGGUUCUCUUUGUCUUCUUCUUCUUUGCCUUCUUCAAUUAAUAAAGAUGACUGCCUCACAGUCUCAGAUGGUAAUUUUUCUGGAGAUCAUAUUCCUUCUGGUUCUUCCAUGGCCAACUACUCUUCUUCCCCUGUUCUCCUACAUAGACCAUCAAACCUUCUCCCACAACUGAAGAAGAAACUAAGCAAACUACAGAGACUGGAAGCGGGUCUAGCCAGAGCACGGGCUGCCAUUAAAGAAGCUGCUGCUAAAAGCCAGAGCCUGAACUCAACUCAUCCAGACUCAGAUUACAUCCCAAGAGGCCCAAUCUAUAGGAACCCUCAUGCUUUUCACAGGAGCUAUCUAGAAAUGGAGAAAGUAUUCAAGAUCUUUGUGUAUGAAGAAGGAGAACCACCCAUGUUUCAUGAUGGACCUUGCAAGAGUAUAUACUCCACAGAGGGACGAUUCAUUCAUGAGAUGCAGAAGAAGGAUAAGAAUCCAUAUCUUACAAGUGACCCUAACAAAGCUCAUGUCUACUUCCUCCCAUUUAGUGUUGUGAUGAUGGUUGAGUAUCUGUACGUGCCUGGUUCCCAUGAGAUCCAUUCUAUAGGACGCACUGUCAUGGACUACAUUGGCGUCAUUGCUUCCAAGUAUCCUUACUGGAAUCGAAGCCUUGGAGCUGAUCAUUUCAUGCUUUCCUGCCAUGAUUGGGGACCACGCACAUCUACAUACGUUCCUCAACUGUUCAGCAACUCCAUACGGGUUCUGUGCAAUGCAAAUACCUCAGAAGGAUUCAACCCUUCUAAAGAUGCAUCCUUCCCAGAAAUUAACCUCAAGACCGGUGAGAUUACAGGUCUGAUCGGCGGUCCCUCCCCUUCUCACAGAUCCAUUCUUGCAUUCUUUGCUGGCCGUUUGCAUGGCAAUAUAAGGUUGUUGCUUCUAAAACAGUGGAAAGACAAAGAUAGAGAUGUUCAGGUCUACGAUCACCUCCCAAAUGGGGUAUCUUACAGUGAAAUGUUGAAGAAGAGCAGGUUUUGUCUAUGCCCAAGUGGCUAUGAGGUUGCAAGCCCAAGAAUUGUUGAAGCCAUCUACGCAGAAUGUGUUCCAGUGUUGAUUUCCGACAAUUACAUACCCCCUUUCAGUGAUGUUCUCAAUUGGAAUUCCUUCUCUGUUCAAAUACCAGUAAGAGACAUCCCCAACAUCAAGAACAUUUUGAUGGGUAUUUCACAGACACAAUAUAUAAGAAUGCAGAGGAGGGUAAAGCAAGUGCAGAGACAUUUCGUGGUGAAUGCACCACCAAAGAGGUUCGAUGUCUUCCACAUGAUCAUUCACUCCAUUUGGCUCAGAAGAUUAAACUUUCGGUUACACGAGUCCUGACAUUUUGAGGAGAAACAGACCUGGCUUCUUACUUCUUAGGCAAUAGAGAAUCUAAUUAAAUUCAAUUCCUUCAUGAACAGUAACCACAAAGAAGUGAGAAUGAAGGCGAAAAUAUUAUUAGGCAGUAACUGGCUAUGUAAUGGAGAAAACCCACAUGAGGGAAGUUGUGGAUGAUCCAUCUCCUCUAGCUCUCUGACAUACCCUGUUCCAUAGCUAUACUUGUUCGCCACAUUAUCAUCAUCUUCCAGCUGGGCCUCUCAAUCAAUAUUUCAAGUAAAGGAGUUGUAUAAUACACAGAGUUCAUUCAAUUUGGAUCCCAAUAUACGAUGUCUUUUAGCAUUCUUUCUAUUAAUUAGCAUUUUAGCUUUAUUCUUCUGUAAAUAGUGACCUUGACUCUAAAGCUGGCUCCAUUUAUUCAUUGUACAUUUUGUAGACUUUCUGAAACAAAUAUAGAAUUAGUUAUCUUCCA